UGAGUCACUAUUCUGCCGGGUCUGACCGCCUAGUCUAGGUUAGGUCAUGCACAGGUUGUUGACUGCUUUCCACGACCUUGCCGACUAUAACUUGGCAAUUUUACACAUCAACCAAUAUGCACAACACUACCGGCAGCUCUUCUUCAGGGAAUACCCUGGUUGAUGAUACAGCCAUUCCUAUUGUCUGGUACAAUGAUUCCUCCAACGUGCGUGGCCCAACAGACGAUCUCAUCCACGCUGUGCUGGCGGGAAACGUUGCUCGGGUUCAGCAUCUUUCGAUGCGGAACUUCUCAAUACCGGCUGCCGACUCUUGGGUAAUCUAUCAAGCGUGUCUUCAAGGCCUUGAAAUGAUGCGCGCUCUUUCUAUGAACCCAAUGUCUAAGCUCAAUCGAGUAAUGCCGUGGCAGAUGGGGGAUCGGACCCUACAUUUUCUUUUGCGUACUCCCUCGGAUCAAUUUCUAGGAACGAAGAUUUGUGCAAUUUCAUUUCUUAUUCAGAACGGAGCUCAUCCUCUAGAGCAAGAUCGACAGGGAAACAAUGCUCUACACAUCCUUGCGGAGAUUUCCACACAAAGCGACGCCGACGGAGUCGGCAUUAUGAGGGUUUUGUUGGACAAGACUGAAAGAGCUUUUAUUUCCAAAAGCAUCCGGGAUGCAUGCCUUUCCAAGAUUGACAGUCGCAAUAUCCCUUUAGAGGAUGGAGAAGGCUGCACAGCUUUAAUGACUGCAGUCAUGUGCGACAACGCCGGCUGCGUUCAAACUCUUUUGGAACAUGGUGCCAGUCCACACCUUGUUGGCCCUUUGUACCAGCCACCUCUCUAUUUCGCCGUCUCAAAGAACUUUGUCACGGUUGCUAAGCUUCUACUGCAACAUGGAGCAAUCAUCAACCCUGACAUCGAGGCCAAGGCUCGGUCUCCGGAGAUGGUGGAAGUCCUCAGACGGAAUUCAUGAAGUUAUGAGAUGGCUUUGGGGCAUUGAAUGCAGUAUAUGGCAGUCAAUUCAGAUGUUUGUCGAUUGAAAUAGCAAUAGGAAGCAGUAUUUUCCUCGUGAUAAGAGCCUUGAAGAAGUUAACUCUGGUCAGGAGAAUCUUAGAAAGUAUAAUCACACUUAAUCUGUUGUUGGAUCGCGCAGGGAUGC